AUGGUAUCCUUGUGGCCAUGGAAGGGCGAAGCAAACUCUCCUGCGAGCUUCGAGAAGUCCCUCAUCAGCCUUGCGAACAAAAUCACCAAAUCUCAAGGACAGCUAGACUCCCUGAGACAGCACCAGCGACGCUUCAAGGCAUUAUGGACUCUCUAUACCAGCUUCGCAUAUCUGUUAUGCUUUGUGGUCAUGUUCCUGGUAGUCGGGUGGAAGAACUGGGGCGUGGUGGAAUACACAGCUCUCUCUGGGGCUCCUAUGAUCAUUUAUCUUGUUCGUAGUGGGAUUACCUCCUACUAUGCAUAUCGGAUCGAUACCGUCACGCAGCGUCUAGAGGACCAGCAAGCCGAAAGGACAACCACAAUAGAGAAGCUGAAGGCAGCUACGAAAUACAACUCCACACAAGAGUUAUUAGAGAAAUAUGGCGGAGCCACACCGAAACCGAAGAAGCCAGCUGCACCAAAAGGCCCAAAGAUCCAGAAACAGCCGAACAGGACUUCUAUGGGCCCACCUGCUACGGCAAAUAUUUAUCGUGCUGACCAGGUCCCAAGUCAACCUUCAACUCCGCAGCCAGUCCCCCAAAAAACCCCUCCCCAGCAUUUAUUUCCUUCGCCAUAUUCGUCGCCAAAACCACAAACACCGCAGGCCCGGCCCGUACCAGCCGGACCAGCGCCACAGGCAGAAUUCGCACCAAACGCCUACUCGGCUCCCCCGCAAUAUGCACAAAGUACAGAGUCUGUUUCUGGUGGAAAUUGGUAUGAUCGAGUGUUGGAUCUGUUGCUAGGAGAAGACGAGACGUCGCCGAAGAAUCGAGUGGCGUUGAUAUGCCAAAACUGUCGGCUUGUCAACGGCCAAGCUCCUCCUGGAACAAAGACCCUGUCAGACCUUGGGAGAUGGCGGUGUUUUGGAUGUGGAGCCAUGAACGGCGAGGAAGAUGAAGCCGUGAAAAUCGUACAGGAAAUGAAAGAAAGAAUUGAGACACAGGAGCCCGCGAGUCCAACAUCCGGUGAGGAGACCAAGGCUACAGAGGAUGAUUCGGGAUCUGGCGAGAUUGUUGAAGCCGAGGAUGACGAAGAUGGAGGAAAUGACGGCUCGGCGGAGGAGAAGGUGGAGGUGAAGCCCAGGAGAGGCCGAUCCAACAAGAAGAAAGCUUAA